GAGAACGGACCGUGCGGCAGCUGAAUUUUUAUUGUAUAUUUAUUUCGUGCCGUCGAAUCGCUUCGCUUAGCUGACUUUUUGACUUUUUCGUGUAAUUUUCACUCGAAAGGUGAUCGAAAUCAGCCGACAAAUAUCCCCCGAAGAUAUUGGCGAUAGUCCGGAUGGCGAAUAUACUCCUGUGAAUCGGUGAAUUGCCAGCGAAGCAGCCAAAAGCAAGAACAACAUCGAAAAAACGUUUCGUCACGCUGAGAGAGCAGUGGAAUUUUUUCGCAACAAAUACAACUAAAAGUUGCAUAGAGAAGUGGAGGAGGCGCCGAAAGUCAGAAAAUCAAUUUGUGAAUAAUACGAAAUCGGUGCAAGAUACGUUCCCGUGUGAAGUUACUUUUUCAGCGAUUGGUUUUUCAUCGAUUUUGCAAAGGGAAAACAGGUUUUAAGAGGAGAAUUGUCAUGUCGGACUACUUCGAGGAACUGGGCCAUGAACCCACUGGACCACAGGGUGCAAACGAUUUGGCCAGAAACCUCAAACGCCUCCAGGUUUUGGCCAUCAUGAAUGGCAUCGAUAUGGAGAUCGAGGUGCCCGAGGCCUCCAGGCGAGCCAUUCUGGAGCUUCCAGUCCACGAAAUCCUGAAAUCGGAAGAGGACGGAGACUUGGAGUGCUCCGUUUGCAAGGAGCCUGCCGAAGAGGGCCAGAAGUACAGGAUCCUUCCCUGCAAGCACGAAUUCCAUGAGGAGUGCAUCUUGCUCUGGCUAAAGAAGACGAACUCCUGUCCCUUGUGUCGCUAUGAACUGGAAACUGAUGAUCCUGUUUACGAGGAGUUGCGCCGGUUUCGGCAGGAUGAAGCUAACCGACGGGAGCGGGAGAACACUAUCAUGGAUUCCAUGUUCGGUUGAUUUGGGGUUUCGAUUGGAGCUUUUGUUGUAUGAAUAUUUGGACAGUGGUAUUUGGUAAAAUUUGUAGUAUGUUGAAUUAAAGGGUGCUUACGGGA